UGUUUUGUCUUUGGUGCAAAGCAGAAGAGAAGAGUGGAGUCCGAUCAAACAGCGGCGUCUUUUCCCUCUUCCCCGGGUCCUCUUAAAACUCCCUCCCGAACCUCUCCCCUUCCACCCUUGCCACCCUAUCCACCCCCUGGACACACUUCAAGGGACGGUUCGGUUAGAUGCUACGAAGUGUCGAACGAUUUAGACCCCACAUAGAUAGACAUUCAUUCAGUCACCAAAAACCUACUUUGUUGGCCAGUGUGGACUGAACUGCAGCGAUGGACUCCAGUCUAGUUGAAGGAGGACUUAAUGUCACCUUAACCAUCAGGUUGCUCAUGCAUGGGAAGGAGGUUGGAAGCAUAAUUGGCAAGAAAGGAGAGUCAGUGAAGAAGAUGAGAGAGGAGAGCGGCGCUCGCAUCAACAUCUCAGAGGGGAACUGUCCAGAGAGGAUCAUAACCCUCGCAGGACCCACCACCUCUAUUUUUAAAGCCUUCUCUAUGAUCAUCGAGAAACUGGAGGAGGACAUCAGCACCUCCAUGACGAACAGCACGGCCACCAGCAAACCGCCAGUCACCAUGCGCCUCGUUGUGCCUGCCAGCCAGUGCGGCUCGCUCAUCGGCAAGGGCGGCUGUAAGAUCAAAGAAAUCCGAGAGUCGGCAGGAGCUCAGGUACAAGUAGCAGGGGACAUGCUGCCCAACUCAACAGAACGUGCCAUCACCAUUGCAGGGACCCCCCAGUCCAUCAUCGAGUGCGUCAAGCAGAUCUGUGUUGUCAUGCUGGAGUCUCCACCAAAAGGAGUGACCAUCCCGUACAGGCCCAAACCCUCAGGCUCUCCUGUCAUCUUUGCAGGUGGUCAGGCUUACGCUGUCCAAGGGCAGCACGCCAUUCCACAGCCUGAUGUAAGUGAAGGGCCCUCUCUCACUAAACUUCACCAGCUGGCCAUGCAGCAGAGCCCCUUCCCCAUUGCACACGGCAACCAAGGCUUCCAGGCUGGGAUGGAUGCCUCUGCACAAACUGGCUCUCAUGAGCUAACCAUUCCAAAUGAUCUCAUCGGCUGCAUCAUAGGCCGUCAGGGUGCAAAGAUCAACGAGAUACGUCAGAUGUCAGGGGCCCAGAUAAAAAUUGCCAACCCGGUGGAGGGCUCGACUGACAGGCAGGUCACCAUCACCGGCUCCCACGCCAGCAUCAGCCUGGCCGAGUAUCUGAUCAACGCUCGGCUUUCUUCUGAAGCUACUGGCCUCGCAGCCAACUGACAUGGAGGAUCUUCAUCAGCAUCUACUUUAACCCCUGCCCCGAUUUUUUACCAAGAGGUCCCUUGUUGAACUUAAUGCAAAAACCAAGUACUAUAAAUUCACAGCUUUCUCCUGCAUUGGUUUAGACAUCUACUUCAGUUGUAAUUACACCAUCAAGCAAUUGAUAUUUUAUUUAUUUAUUAUGUUUUUAAAUUCUGUUGGCAAAUAGUUUUCAAAGAUCUUCUUCUGUUGUAUUUUUCCUCUUAUUUUACUGUAUAUCUGUAAGAUCUUCUUGAUAAACUGUAAGUAUAAUGUUUUAGAAAAAUCUGAAAAGGCAUAAAUAAUGUUUUUCUUACGUCAGAUUUUUCUUAGAAAAAUUGAAAAAAAAAAGGAAGAAAAAAAACUCAAUAACAUAAUAGAUGGACUGUUCUUUCCCUCCUUUUUAAAUAUCUAUUUAUUUUUAUUUAAUAUACAGUUCCUUGUACAAGUAGAAUUCAUUAAUAUUUGGCAUUUGCUGUUUGAAGCUGUACUUCCUGAAUGAGGCAUUGUGGGUCUAACGGGUUUUAGUGUGCGAUAAGGAGCUGAAUAUGUAUGCAGGAAAAAAAAAAAAACACUUUAGAAGUCUGAAGGUGAUUUCUCUUGUUUAGUGCAGGUUGAAGGAACCUUUUAAGCUAUAUCAUGUCUCACCUCUAACUUGCUCAGUAAUCGUUUUGUGUCAUUCCUGUGUUUCCAUCCGUUUAUUUUGUUAAUCUGGACUUUUGGAGCUUUGUGUUGAUCUGAUAAAGGUUGGUGGACCUUGGAUCGCCAGGAGUGAGCCUGGACGUGAGGAAAAUGUUUUUCUUUUCUCAGAAAUAACUAAGACCAUAGUGGUGGUGUUGGUGAUAACAUUGAAAUAUUUGUUUUAAAUAGAGAAAAUAUUUUUUUUAACUGCAGGGCUGGGGAAUGCUGCAAGGGGCAAAACUAAAAGACAUAAUGGUCUUUAUAAGUAUAUUAAGCUGAAGUAUUAAAUUAUGAUUAACUAGGAGAACUAUAGAAUUAACACUAGUUUCCUGCUAUCCUUUUUUGCCUGGGUCAGAUUUUAUUUUUUUUAUUCUUUGCAGGAUGAAGAAACUCACGUUUUUUGUGCACGUUUUCAAACUAUUGUAGAUCUGGGUGCAAUUAAAUUGUCGAAGAAUUGAGAUGCAAAAAUAAAAGAUGUGAAAUGCUUAAA